AGCAGCACCAACGAUCGGUACUUGCUCUGGGUAAUCCCGCGAGUAUGACAAUAACAGACCGAAACAACAAGACACUUUCUGCGUCACGGUUGCCUGGUGCAGGUAAGGAAGCGCAGGAGAUUACUGAAAUUUUGCCAGAGAGCAAAGCCCUCCUAAAUAAAGAAGCCACACUUGAAAACUUGCUGAAGUAGAUACACGAUUACCCAAUCCUCCACCUCGCCACUCAUUGCAAGUUCGACCCGGAGGUGCCACUUUUGUCAUCCAUUUGCCUUGCCUAUGGGAGACAAUUAUCAGUCCUCGAUCUCCUCGACCUGCACCUCGACGUUGAUAUUGUUAUAUUCAGCGCCUGUCAAACCGCGAAGGGAACACCUACUGCUGGAGACGAUAUAGUUGGAUUCAGCCGUGCUCUUUUCGCAGCAGGUGCCCGAGCAGUCAUGGUCAGCUUAUGGCCUGUUGAUGACAGCGCAACAUCCGAAAUAUUGAUCGACUUUUAUAAGCGGCUUUCGAGUGGCAAAUCACCAGCAGUCGCAUUGCAGGAGGCGCAGGGUUCCUUUUUCAACCAGCAUGCCGGAUCGCGCAGGGCUAAUCAAGGUAAUUCGAAUAAUACGUCAGAUCGUGCUAUAACGCAGCAGUUGUCUGUGAGAAGAAUAGGCCUCCAAAGAGAUAUCACCAAUAACGAGCAGGUUACACAUACAGACCAUUCCCUCCUUACGUUCUGGGGGCCGUUUAUCUUGAUGAGUGCCUAGUUGCCCGCACCAAAUCUGACAGAUCACGCUGGGAGAAAAGCACG